AUGACCCGCUGGUCAAAGUCCUCACCUCCCAGAUGGGUAUCUCCAUUGGUGGCGACUACCUCGAACACGCCGUUAUCGAUCGUCAGAAGGGAUACAUCGAAAGUACCACCGCCCAAAUCGAACACCAAAACGUUCUUCUCGCCAUCCUUUUUGUCCAAACCGUACGCGAUGGCGGCUGCGGUCGGCUCGUUGAUGAUACGCAUCACCCUGUCUCUGAGCAUCAUUGAAGUAAGCUGGCACAGUCACAACAGCGUGGGUAACCUUCUUCCCCAGGUACGCUUCGGCAGUCUCCUUCAUCUUGCCGAGGACCAUAGCGGAGAUUUCCUCGGGGGCGAACACCUUGGUGCCUUGACUGGUUUCCACCUGGAUGUGCGGUUUGCUGUUCUUCUCGAUGACCUUGAAGGGGAACAGUUUGAUGUCAUGCUGGACGUUAGCGUCGUUGAAUUCGCGACCAAUCAGACGCUUCGCGUCGAAGAUGGUGUUUUCAGGAUUGGUUGUCAGCUGAUUCUUGGCUGCGUCACCGAUCAGACGUUCACCGUCCGCCGUGAACGCUACGUACGAGGGGGUGAUCCUGUUACCUUGGUCGUUUGCUAUUAUCUCCACUCGCCCGUUCUUGUAUACACCCACGCUGUAAAAGUAAUGGUGAUAAGCGUCUCUAAGAUAUGUUUUCUCGUCUCACACCAUAAGCAAGAUAUUUUAAUUUUGAAUGUUCUUUAA